ACUGCAAAGUGACUCUAAGACGUCAACACGCAGAAAGCUUCGUUCGUUCAACGAUUUUCUCCAAAUCGUGAAAACAAAACAAAAGUCAUGGAAAACUCAACUGAGCUCCGUUCCAUUUGUGAAGAACACAUCAGCGGUGUGGUCCAACAACAUUCAUCUUUUGCUGAAAAGGAUGGGACCACAUCAAGAAAAAGAAAAUCCUCGGCUGAAGAGGUGCCUGCUGGGAAAAAGUUAAAACUCUCCCAGACCAGCAGCAGCCAAGAACCAAAACAACUUGACUCCGAGUCUGACAGCGAACAUAUCAGCGGUGUGGUCCAACAACGUUCAUCUUUUGCUGAAAAGGAUGGGACCACAUCAAGAAAAAGAAAAUCCUCUGCUGAAGAGGUGCCUGCUGGGAAAAAGAUAAGACUCUCCCAGACCAGCAGCAGCCAAGAACCAAGACAACUUGACUCUGAGUCUGAAAGCAAAUGUGACAGUUCUUCAGAGGCCGGAAGUUCUUCCCAAGAAAAAAGCUCUUGUCCACGGAAAAGUUGGAAGAGCCACUCUUCAUGCGAUGCUCUGCUUGAAGUAAAAUACAAGAAAGAAGGCCUGCUGGGAGAAGGAGGCUAUGGAUCAGUUUAUGCUGGCUAUCGCAUUUCUGAUGGGUUACCAGUAGCAAUCAAAUACAUCCCAUCUGAGAACGUGAUUAGAGAUCUGGCUGAUGAUGGGAAGCAGCUCCCCACUGAGGUAGCCAUCAUGCUAAAAGCAGCUGAUGGAAGAAAUGGACCUGUGGGAACCUCAGCCUCCGUCUCCCUGCUGGAUUUCUACGACCUGGAAGACGACUUAAUCCUGGUUUUAGAGAGACCAAACCCUGUUGAGAGUCUCUUUGAAUACUCACUAGACAAAGACAACUUAGAGGAGAAAGACACCAAGGUAGGCUGGUUCUGAAAUGACGGCCUGCUCACAGCAUGUCUUUGUUUUCUCUUUCUCCCUCUGAGGAGGUCUUCCUCCAUGUCCUUCUUCUCAGAGUAUUCUGUGUUUCCUGUCUUCCUCAGAUCAUUAUGGAACAGAUUGUCCAAGGUUUGAAAGAGCUUGAAGAAAAGAACAUCUUUCAUCGGGACAUCAAGUUGGAGAACAUUUUAAUAGAGACUGGCUCUGACGUCCCACGAGCACGCCUCAUUGAUUUUGGAAUGAGCUCUUUCACAGAGAGGGACACAGUUCAUGAGAUGGACUAUGACAAAGCUGACCAUGACCCCCCUGAGUUUAAUUUUGGAUCCUACUCAGCCGGGCCCACCACAGUGUGGCAGCUAGGGGUUGUGUUGUAUGAAGUUAUGCACGGAGACCUAUUCAACACAAAUGAUUUUCUGGAGAAAAAACAGGAAAUAAGCCAGGAGCUGUCCAGAGAAUGCAAGAACUUCUUAGAACAGUGUUUAGCUCCACUUCCAGAGAACAGGCCCACGCUAGACGAGCUCCUUCUUCAUCCGUGGCUUCAAAGAUAAGAGGAUCAAGCCAUGAUGGAGGACUCAUGAGACUCAUGCACCUAAGAAAGGAAGGACAUACAGGGAAGUAACAUCUCCCUGUAAAUAUGUGGGUUCAUUCAGACACUGCCCCCACAAUUCUACAAAAAUCCAAUUCGGUUUGAUUAGUUGGGCUUGCACCCCCCACCCCCGCUGGAUACAUCGCAGUCACUGUAAGUUGCAGAGUGCACCAGAGGCCUAAAAGAGGUUGUUGUGGUGAAGUCUAGUUACAAAGGGGUUCCGCCUUUUAGUGGCGGUUCGUCUCAAUUGCCAGUGAAGAAACCAACAGAACCCAACAUCCAUUAAAACUUGGGCCCUCGAAGUGACUCUGCAACCUAGCAGCGUGGAAGGCCCACUGCUGGGAGACCACAGCAGGUGGGUGCAGAGCUGUGCUGUGGCUGUAGCAUGUCUUCCUGUUGCCCGAACUCUCCCAGCAAAACAUUCCCUAGCAUUACACUAAAUUAUGACAUUUGUAUUAGGCUACAAUUCUACUUUAAUUUAAAUGUAUUGUUUUUUAUUAUUAUAUA